GAAAGAAAGAGAAAAAGAAAAGACAUAAAGAGAAAGAGAUAAAGAAAGACGCAACCGAUCUAAAGCAAGAAAACCGAAUUGAGCAGAUCUCUUCCCCAGUCCUGAUACUGUUCAUGUAAAGUUGAGCGAUGGUGAUAUCUAAGCCGCCGCACUACAAAGUAGACGGGUUGACAUUCGGCAAAGACCAACCAACAACUGGCGGCGGUCUCUAGUCUCUUGGCUGCCGCUCCCUCAAUUUCUCCCCGAACACAACCACCACCACAGCCGCGCCGCAAUCCGCAACCUCUCCGGACCUGACCUUCCACCCCGGUCGGCGACCCCCCUCAUGGCGUGAACCACGACACCAUUCCCCCUUUCCUUGGGCCUUACAUUCUCAUCACAUAACAAGAUACCCUCACAACCAUGAGCGCCUCACGGGUAGGCCGAGCGACGCUCAAAUCCGCCAAGGGAGCAGCAGCAGCAGCAGCAAAGCCCGCCAACGCUGCACCCCGUACCGGCGCGAAGAAGAACAAGCUGAAAGCUGCAGCCCCAGUCUACCCAGAAUACACCCCGGCACUCUCCAAACGCGCGCACCCCACGCUGACAGACUUCCACCACCACCCGCCCUCGACGACGACACGCAUGAGCCCGCGCGUGAUGACCGUGCUAGGCGUCAGCGCGCUCGGCCUGAGCGCCUACAUCGGGUACCUGUACGCCUCGUACCGCCGCGAAGUGACUUACUCGCAGAACUUGUCCGCCACGGUCCCCGCCACCGCCAACGUCACGGACCGCUACAACACGACGGCGCGCACCUUCGACGCCGACGUCGAGAUGUCCGAGAAGCUGAUGCGGCUGGGCGCCAAGCGCCGCGACCUCUGCCGCCGCGCGCGCGGCGACGUCCUCGAGGUCAGCUGCGGCACGGGGCGGAACAUCGAGUACUACGAUUUUGGGCCUGUGCGGCGCGGGAUCGUCGACGAGCGGACGGGCGCGGUGGGCCUGCGCGGCUGCCGGUCCGUCACGUUUGUGGAUCUGAGUCCGCAGAUGGUGGAGAUGGCGCGCCGGAAGUUCGAGGAAAUCUACCCUGGGGAUGAUGCCCUCCGCAAAAGGGUGGAGUUUCGGGUGGAGGAUGCGGCGGCCGUCGGGGGCGGCCCUAGUCGGGAGAUUACCGGGGCCGCCGUCCCGGGCCAACCCAAACAAUACUUUGAUACGGUGGUGCAGACGAUGGGGUUGUGCUCGUUGCCGGAUCCCGUGGGCACGCUGAGGCAUUUGGGGACGCUGGUGGAUCCGCAGAAGGGCGAAAUUUUGUUGUUGGAGCACGGUCGCUCGCAUUAUGCGUGGUUGAAUCGCGUGCUCGAUAAUCUGGCCCCUGCCCAUGCGGAUCGGCAUGGGUGUUGGUGGAAUCGCGAUAUCGGCGAGAUCGUGAGGGAGAGUGGCUUGGAGGUCGUCGAGGAGAAACGCUGGCAUUUUGGCACGACAUGGAAAUAUGUUCUGAGGCCGGCAAGAAAAGCAGUCGAGUAAAAGUGUGGCUCGAUGAUCUUGUGCUGCUGUUUUGGGAGUGGCACGCUUACGGUGUAGAUGGUUAUGGUUGUAGAUUUGC